AUGACUUCCUCUCCCCUACACCUCGAUCUCCCCCUGCCACCACCCUCCGACACGAUAGGCCCUUAUAUCCGCCUUUUGACUUUUUCUGAUGGCCGCUGGUCUCUUGAGGUUUCUCCAUUGGCAAGCACGCAGUACAAGGCUCUGUCCUAUGUCUGGGGCGACUCGAGCAACCCUCUUACGAUCCAAUGCAACGGGGUUCAACUCCAAGUAACGAGAAACCUCUAUUGGGCAUUGCAGCAUCUUAGCGUCGAGUUUGUCAAUGAGCGACUAUGGAUUGACGCGAUUUGUAUCGAUCAGAACGAAGCAGCACCAGAAAAAGGACAGCAGCUUGAUCUCAUGGGUGAAAUCUACACCCAAGCAGAAGAGGUCUUGAUCUGGCUCACCGAGUCCUUUCUUCCUGACAACGCCAAUCUUUGUUUCCAAGCAUGCAAGAACUACGCCGUGAAGUGGAGACAGAAGGAACUUACAAUGAGGUUUCUUGCAGCGUUGACUAUGACUGUCGUUACCAUGGAUGAGAACACAAACUUGAAUCGAAUACACAAUGCCGCUACCGCGGCUGCGCUGAGAGAAGACACUUCCUUCACCGACGACAUUGUGGUUGGUCUACUUCAGAUUCUCCGGCAUCCGUACUGGAGUCGUGUUUGGGUCAUUCAGGAGAUGAGCCUUGCUUCCAGAUCACGGAUUCUCACAUCAAAGUGCACAUUGGACUGGGACGACUUUAAGAUCUUCAUCCUCACGAUGGAGCAGUGUCUGCCGUGGUUUUUGAGGGGCAUGGGUCCAAACUUCCGUGCCUUGGAUGAAACCACGAGAUUGCAGAGGGAUAACGAGCCUCGUGUCUUUUACAGCCUUUCCCAUCUGCUGGUUCAAUUUCGUUGGUCGUGUGCCAAAAAUAACCGGGAUAAGGUAUAUGGCUUAAUUGGUCUCCUUCGCCCCGAUGAACGCCGGUUCUUCAUGGAUGAUUUGCCAGGGCCCAAGUACGCGGUAUCAACCGCUCAGUGUUACACACAUAUCGCAUUCAAAAUCUUGCAACAGUCGCACGACCUGAGGUUGCUUGUUCAAUGUAGCUCUCCCAGCUUCAUAAAAAGAGACGAUGAUCUGCCAUCAUGGGUACCAAACUGGCAGUACGACUCGGAAUGUCUUCCACGUCCUCGAUGGGAUCUGACAGAGGGAAACCCAUACAACCGGACAGGAGAUGUCAGACCUGCCCUAUACAACGCUUACAACGCGUCCGGGAACUCCGAAUGUCCACCACCACAGUUGCGUGACAACAGUAUUCUCAUACUUUACGGAAUGAUCGCGGGGAAGAUCACCGCGGUGUGUCGACCGAUGGAAAUUCACCAUCUAUUUGUUGGCCACAGAACACCCCGGGGAAUCCUUAAACUCGCAGCUCGCGCUUCUCAAGCAGAUACCUUUCAAAGACUCAACAAUGGCAUCAUGCGGAGCAUCUUAUCAACCAGGUCAGGGCUACUUAUGCUGGCCAUAACUUACUUCGAGAACUGUCUUCGAAAAGGCGCAGCAAUGGAAAUCCUUUUGGAGUAUGCCGACCUAUCUCUCUCUGGCGGGACCUGGCUAGGUGAUAGGAACGAGACAAAUCCUUUGUAUGCCAUGUUUGAAACCUUGAUGAAGGGCCCGAGGGGAGUCGAAAUGGUUGAUUCUCUCUUUACCGACUAUCCAAACGAAACUUUUAUCGUGGAGGCUAUAUCACAGUUCCACACUCAGGCCAGAUCUAUACGAUGGAAUCCAUUUCUCAGGCUACUAAGGCUGGUUGGACCUUUCUACUAUUAUCCAUCGGCCUAUCAUCUACUACUUGGAAUCAACUUCUUCGGUAUGGGUAAAGUCCCGCCUUAUCUACUGUGUUGGAUAGGGUUACAGACCGCUGCAAUAGUCUUUACCAACUUCGUUUUGGAAUCCACCAUCGCCAGCUAUUUGGUCUCGGCUGUUGGGGGUUAUCUUUUGAACAGUAGACUAUCCUACGUUCUCGGCAUGCCAUACAGAUUGGAUACCGUGCUUGCAACACCGCUUGACCAGGCACUGGCACGGCUAGACGACGGAAGAUUAGCACUCGUACCGCAUGACACGAAAGUUGACGAUGAUGUGGCGCUUUUGGCAGGGGGUCGUUCCCCUUUUGUAGUGAGAAGAGAGUACUGUAAUUGGUUCAGACUUGUUGGAGAUUGUUAUGUAGAUGGCAUCAUGCAGGGGGAAGCAUGGCGAGAGUGGAAAGUGAGCGAGAUGGAAUUCAUGUGA